AUGAAGCAUUUGAGAGCAGAUAUAUCUAGGCCGAUCUUAGGUUUAUUCCACACAGAUCACGAAGACAUCUUCAUGAUAUCAGUGAUUGUAUUAUUUAGGAAAUAUAUAGUAUUUACACAGAGACUUAUCUUAUAUCUUAGUGUAGCAGCAUUUAUGGACAGUAUAGCUUAUAUAAUGGGAGACAUGCAUCCUGAUGGGCCUUUAUGUGAUUUCCAGGCUUUCUUUAUGACUCUCUUUGACUGGUCAGUCCUGCUAUGGGUAUGUGCUAUAACUCUCAAUCUUGCCAUGCUGGUGAUAGCCAUGAAGAAGACUGAGAAAUAUGAAUGUAAGUGGACUUGGGGCGNCAUAAUUUCUUGCCUGCCUUUUGCUGGAGAUAGAUACGGGCCAUCAGGAGCUUGGUGUUGGAUCACAGAGUGGCCUUGGAGGUUUGGCAUCUGGUAUGUGCCUCUAUUCCUGAUCAUUGCCCUGUUGUUUGUGGUCUACGUCUACAUUACGGUGGUAGUCAACAGGAGAGUCCACACCUGGGAGGGCACUUAUGACCCUGAUGUGGAGAGAAAUAAGCAAAUGCUGAAAGAAGACAUUAAGCCACUGAGAGGGUAUCCAUUUGUUUACCUAGCUGUUAGCAUCUUUCCACUUAUAAACAGGAUCCAGAAUGCUGUAUCAUCAGACCACCAGCCUGUGUUUGCAUUGUUAAUACUCCAUGUCAUCUCCUCACCACUUCAUGGUGCCUUAAAUACAGUUGUGUUUGGAAUGGACAAGGAUACAGUGUCCAAACUGACUCCCAGUCAAAUAAAGUUGGCUAUCCAGAGCUGGAGAGCAGGCAGGUCCAUCAUUGAAGAGUUUCCUACAGAAACUGAGUCUCCCGAUGCCGACCCUGAUGACGUCAACCCAAGUGUCAACCAAGAGCAAUGACGGUUACUUCCACUGGAGACAUAGAAGGAUCAGUAGACACAAAAAACAUGAAAGUGCUGUGUUUUGUGAAAUCUGUGGUAAAUGUCAGGUUUAUUAUUUGAAAAGUUGGAUGAUAGAAAGAUUGACUUUGAUUUUGUUUAAUUCAUGAACUCUCCUCAAUUCCAGAGAUUGUGUUAUAGUUGUGUCCACCAGAUGGCAGUGGUGCACAAGAUGAAACGUUUCAAAAUUUUUGUCCCGUAUUAUGAAGUGUUCAGUGUGGCAAACCUAGGUAUACACAAUUUUCUGUAGCAUUUUAAUAUCACGAACAAAAGAAUUAUUUUAUGCUUUUCAUAUCUCGACAUUUGCGAGCUUAUUAAUAUGCUUGAUGAUGCUUAUUUUGAAAAAGAACAAGAUAUCGUGAAGAAUCACUUGUGAAAAAGCUAUUAUGUCUAUUGGUGUUUGAUGUAAAUUUGCCAGAAGUUGAACAAACUGUAGGAAUAUUCUGCUCAGUAAGUGUGGCUCAGUGUGAGGCCUUUUGUAAUAGUAGGGUAAAAUCUGUGUUCUGUUUUCUUUGGCUCUCAUACUGUGUUCUAACACUUUGAGAUCUGCAGGGUACUUUAAAUCAAAUUUGUCACAUUUUGAUUGUUCUUUUCACACUUUUGACAUCUUUAGAUUUACCAGUGACAGUAAAGCAUAUUGCCCCACAAUUCAGCACAUAUUAUGUAGAGUCCUUCUAUUGCUUCAGUGAGUUAGUAAUAUAUAUGUUUGUUCACAAACAUGAGAUGGGUCACCUAGAAUUGGAUGGCAUUGAGGCAUGUGGCAAUACCGUGGCCAAUUUUCACAAGACAACUUUGACCUAUAACUGUUCUAAACUUUGAUGCCAUAGUUUGGCCUUUAUCAGUUCAAGAUGAAGACUUACUAAUCCACUUGGAUAAAGUGGGCAAUGGUUUGAAACAAGAGUUGUGCCCUUCUGUUUGUAAAACAAGCACUUGUAAGGAGACUGCUAUUGAUUACAUUUGCCAUUUAAUCGAAACAGACAAAAAUUUUGGUCUAAAGAGCUUGUUCUAUUGUGAACCAGACCACAGGUCCUAGGAUCUCAAAUGAUGCAAUUUAGUCUGUAACUGACCUAAGUUAGUCAAGUGUGUGAGCAGGCUUCAUUAAGAGCUAACUUGUUAUGUCUUUCUCCAAAAUUAUUUCCAUAACUUCUCUUAUAACUUUUUAAUAAUUUUUUUAAUUUGCAUAAUUUUAUUUGAAAGAAAAUAGAACGUGUCUCCAACCUGAGAAGUUAUUUGUUGGUUGUAAAUGCUAUGUAAACUUAAUACUCACAUUUCUAUUUUUCACCCACUGACAUUUUAUAGCUGUUUUGUAGAAUGAAUUUUUAUUUUUAGAUCUAGAACUAAUUUUGUAAUUUUCAGUAAUGUUUUGAUGCUUUUUCUGUGACUAACUUUGUAACUUAGAAAUGUCUUGAUGUUAAUGUCCAUCCAAAAUGUUUUGUUUAUCAAAUAAUUAUCUGUUCAUAUCCAGAUAUUAAGUUAUCUAAAAGGGAACAAAUAUGAAGUAUGAAAUAAGUCAGGUUUAUGAAAUAUAUAAUCGAAUUUGAUAGAUUAUUUGACACAAUUUGACCACAGUGAAGAAUAUGAGACCAAAUCAUGUUUAACUUUAUGAGACUUUUUCAUGUAUCUGUUACUUUUUAUGGUGGGUAACUUAUUGUAUGCUAUAGUAGUUUUAAUUAUAUUUAUAAUGUGGAGAAAUAGAUUUUUCUUUAUCUUUUGUGUAAUACUUGUAAAAUAUAAAUAGUUUCUAUAGAGAUUGAACAUUUUUUUCUACUGAUGAGGCUUCACUACCACAAAUGCAUCAUAGUACCUAUGUCUCCUAUGUAGAAAAAAAAUUUUUGCCUGUGUAGAACCUAUUUUAACCAACAGGAUACCCUGUACAAUGUAUUUAUAUUGUUUACGACAUGAAUGUAUAGAAAUAUCAUGUUGUAUGGCUUAUACUAGGUGUUGGGUAAAAAAGUAAAAGAUACAUUACGAGCAGGUGAUAUGUAUGUGAUAUAAAGGAGGGGGAAGCAUACGUGCAUGUUACACACACACACACACACACACACACACACACAGCUUGUUGAUGAGUGAUGUUUAGGACGUGCAUCACAGCACGUUUGGCAUACAUGUAUUCCAGAUACACAGUGUCUCUGGUAUUGGAUUUAUAUGUAGUUGUGAGAAAUAUGUACAACUUAGAUACUGGAACUAUACUUAUUACCUAGUGAAAGGACUAAUUUCCUAGUGAAAGGACUAACUAGUCUGAUGGUCAAAUAUGGCCGACCCACUUGAAUACUUCCCCACAGGAUAUCAAUUCAGUGUCUAUUAGCGGA